UAAUGCGCAAUUAACGUUAAUACUUGUUAGCCAACCACACCACAGAAUGAAUUGUGUUGACUGCUAUCGCAUAUGUACUAGCAAGCUUUAUUAGCUAGCUUUAGACGGGUCACCUUUGUUUUUGGUUAAAAGUAACCGGCUUUGAGGAGCUUUAAUGUUCCGUGAAGCUAAUUUAAAGACCAUCGGUAAAGCGGGAACCAGCUGGCACUUUAGCCGGACGAUGGACGAGCUGGUCCAUGACCUGGUGUCGGCGCUGGAGGAGAGCUCGGAGCAGGCGGCGCGGGGGGGCUUCGGGGAUGGGGGGGACCACGCGCUGGCCGUAGGCUGCCUGCUGAAGAGACAGGCCCGGAAACGUCGUGGGAGGAAGAGACGAUCUGACAACCCCCACCCACCCUGGGAGACUGGCCACCUCAGUGAGGGAUCUGAGUCCAGCCUGGACGAACACAAGGACUACCGCACCACCACAGGCGGUAUUGCCAGCAGCAACAGCCACGCCCGUGAUAACAGCGACUCUGAUGAGCAGCUGGGGCCCAAGCGCCGUACCCCCCUGAACCCCGACACAGGGCGUGCCAAGCGCCCCAUCUGGCAGGAGGACCUAGGAGGAGUGCCGGGUGCAGAGGGGUCCCGUAGUUUGAGGCGACGGCGCAAGGUCAAACGCAUGGCCGUGGACCCCCCUCUGGAGCCGGAGACCUCCAGUAGCAACACCCCCAUGCUAGGGCCCCCACCCGUCCCCAAGCCCCAUGCAGGGUGCAGGAUCCCUGGGGUGAGCGUGGCUGAAGGCAGGGCGGGGAUGGAGCUCGUUGGUGGUGGUGGGGUUGGAAGAGGGAAAAGCAGGGUAAAGAAGAGGAAACUGGCUGCCCACAGGCUGGGGCUGGAGGCGACUGAUGAAGGGGUGGUGGUGGAGAGUGAGGACGCCAUUAUGGGGCAGGCGGGGCCCAAGGACAAGAUGGAGUUUGAGGAGCAGAAGGGCUCAGACGAGGACAUGAGUGACAGUGAGACCAGCAGUGUCAGCAACAGUAGCGAUGGUGGACUGUACACCAAUGACGAGGGGAGGCAAGCUGAUGAUGAGCAGAGUGACUGGUUCUAUGAGGGGGACCUGGGGGGAGCAUGUGGGGUGGCGGGGGUGAUUCCCUGGUGGGAGAGAGAGGCAGGGGAGGAACUGGACCUGGCUGACCCUGUCUUCAACAGCAUCCUCACCGGAUCCUUCCCCAUCAUGAGCCCCGGGGCACAGAGAGGGUUUCAGGCCAGGCUGAGCUGGCUGCAUGGUGUGCACCAGGGCCACGAUUCCCAGGGCAGCCCAGGACAGGCCUUCAACGAGCGGCUGGGUCGACACCACCAGGACCCCCCCCACUCGCAUGCCCACUCACACGACCCGUGGUUUAGUCCGGGGUCUAGACGAGAACACGGACAAAUGCACUGGGACUCACGGACAGACAGAGGGCAUCGGAGGAGCUGCUCAGUGAAAACAGCCAGCAGACAGACGAGUGGUCACCUGGGGUCUCUGUGUACGGGGGAAGUCAAGAGGAGACGCAAAGCAGCACCCCUUGGCUUACCUCCACCCACGGGGGUGGUAGGUGAGAGUGUGGGGCCCAUCCCAGAGACCAACAUGGGGAACCGGAUGCUGCAGAGUAUGGGCUGGAGCCCUGGCAUGGGCCUGGGUCCGGAGGGCAGGGGAAUCAUUGAGCCUGUUCGGGCCACACAGAGACCCAAGGGAGCGGGCCUGGGUUUUAACUGAGCUCCACGCUUUAGGCCCCAAACUGAACAGGCCAGGCCAGUAGGCCUCGAUGGAGAUGGACCCUACUGAGAGCAGGGAGGAUGGUGGUCAACACUUCCUGGGAAAGAAAGACUGAUAGAGCAUCAGAGCUGGAAGAAGGAACAAAUGCAAAUGUUUUACUUAAAGGAGGACGAACAUCCUAUGAUAGGGAAAGUCACAACCCUGGUUAGAGAGGAAGUGCAUGGAGUGUUAGGGUUCCCACCAGGGCUCCUGAGUGGCGCAGCGGUCUAAGGCACUGCAUCUCAGUGCAAGAGACGUCACUACAGUCCCUGGUUCCGUAUCACAUCAUCCGCGAUGAUUGGGAGUCCCAUAGGGCGGCGCACAAUUGACCCAGUGUCAUUCGGGUUUGGCCGGGGUAGGCAGUCAUUAUAAAUAAGAAUUUGUUCUUAACCGACUUGCCUGUUUAAAUUAAGGUUAAAUAAAAUACAAAUAUUUUUUUUAAACUCAGAUUUGUACUUGAUGUCCAACAUACCAGGGAAAAGAGAAGGAAUGAAGAGAAGACAACCAGGCAUUGUAGUUGGGUUUGAUUGUGUGCUACUAGCCAGGCUAUAUAGUUGGAUUGUGUGUACUACGGUACACACUAAAAGGCUCAGUUUCACAAGAAUACAAUUUCUCUUCAAUCAAUGGUCCAUUUUCUGUAAGUAAUGGCAGAGCCAAAUGGUUGUGUGAUAUUGCACAGGAUGACCAAAAAUAUAUUUCAGGUUAAAAUAAUUGUAAGCAUCAAAAUCACUCUUAGGUGUUCAUGUGGUUGAAGUUAUAUUUGCUUAAAAAUAUUUUUUGCAAUGCCACAUUACAUUGGCAUUAUUCCAAGGUAACUAUAAUGGUAUAACCUAUGUAGCUAGUACUUACUGUGGUUAGUACAAAAAGGUGAUGGCUGAAGUGGUAGCUAAGUAGUGCAUGCGGUAAAGGUAAUUAAAUGUAUACUACUUGUAGUUACUCUGGUAUAACACUAAUGUAAGGUGUAUAUAUAUAUUACAUUUAAACUAUCAUGCUUUCUUUGGAAUAUUGGUAAGUUAUGUUACAAUGUGUAGAUGGUAUGCCUGAGGGAAGAGUGUGGUAAAUGAUUCAGGAAAUGAAUCAUGGUAUGGUUGUAAAGUAGAAUGUUCAAUUCCAGAAUAGUGUCUAUUUUAUUAAAAAGAAGCCAAACAAAAUUCAAAAGUAAUCACGCUGUACUUGCUUGGUAUGCAUGUAUAGCAAUCAUCACAUGGAAAUGCCUCCUUUCCAAUAAUGAUUCCCAGUGGUUGUGUCCAAAAUCUGGCUUGCCCAAUACUUAGUUAAAUUGCAUACUGUGUAAUAAUCGUACUACAUCUGGUAUUCUAAGUCGGGGUCGUGACCCCAAUGCAAUGGAGUCCCCAGAUUUUCUUUGGGGAGAAGGGGGACAAGAAAUGAUUGUAUGGGACAAUAUAUAAACAUUUUGAGUAAAUGUAUUUAUUGGUUCCUAUUCAUUUUGACCAGAAAGAUGGAAAUGUAAUGAGUUGAAGGUUGUUUGUUGAUGUAAAAAUCGAAAUGUACAGAUUUGAAGGUUGUUUCAUUAGAUUUGGAGUGGGAGGGGGGUUGCCAGAAAUUCUGGAGAAAAUAAUGAUAUCCCAAGUUUGAAUACCACUUUACUACAUAGUAUUUAGAACAUACUGUUUAUUAAAAAUGAAUGCAGUAAGCAACAUAUCAGCUGUACUAGUCUCAUCCUACUGAGAAUGUGCCAUCUAAUGCGCAAUUACGUUGAUUCCCGCCGUUUGGUCAUUUUAGUACAAAGCGUCCUCAGCUGAUUAUCAGCUGUUGUCUAGCAAGACGAUUCUCUUCCUCAUGUGCAGCAAAUUCUACUAGAUGAAAAGACGAAAUGAGUAUGACAUCAUGGCAUUUAAAGCAUACUAAAUAAAUACAAAAUCACACACUAUAAAACCUAUUUUUUUUUCGCAUACCCAAAAUGCCUACUAUUUUGAACUAUUACAGGUAUUCGGACACAGACAAUGACGUUUUAUAAAGCGAAGGGAACUACUUUACAGUCCUGUAGUUAUUUUACAGUCUCUUCCAUUUACAUGGUAAAUACCAACUGAAAUACGAUUGUAAAAUAAAGUGUUACCAUUGCCAAUGUAAUGUGUGAAAUAAUCCCCUUGUAUUAUGAGCAGAUGUGAGAUCAAUUUCUCUUACCACGGUCUGGUCUUUAACAAUUAUUAGCAGAACUGUGCAAAACUGUUUUACAUGUCAGUUCAAUCAGGAAGGAACAAAGUAAAUGUGGUGAUACUCUGAAACAAUAAACACUGUUUAGAAGUAA